UCUUGUUCUUGAUCUUUGGCAGUAGCAGCGCCCACUGUAAACAUUACGAGAUGAAUGUUGGGAAACCGCUAUUAUUAACUCUAAUCUUUUCGGUUUGCUCCAUGUCUGUAUUUGAUUGUCAAUCUACUGGCAGAAAGCUGCUGAGCACAUUUAAGAGGGGGAUGGACAACUGACCACAGCAAUGGAAGAGGCGAAGAGGAGGUCCGAGGAGCAGAGUGUGGAGGGAAGAGGGCUGUUCCACACAUGGAGGGGUUACUCUUAUAGCGUAACCCCAGAGAGGCUGCCCCUGCCCCGGCCUGUCCUUCAGGUCGCAUUCGGUGCUCACCAUGGACUUCUGCUGCUUGAAGGAGGGCAGGUGCACAGUUUUGGGGGACUCCCCUGGCGUCAGACCCAGGUCCCAGAGCACAGUCCGGUGCUGGAAAGCGCUCUGAGUGGUCAGCGUGUGGUGUGUGUGUCUGCGGGGAGCCACCACUGUGGGGUAGUGACAGAGGAUGGGGGGGUGCACAUGUGGGGGGAUAACACAGCAGGCCAGUGUGGCUUGACAGGUCUGAGCACUGUGCCUAACCCCACCCCUCUGGCUCUGCUGGACUCUGCGCCCCCUCAAAGGGUCCCAGUGCUGGAGCUGUCCUGUGGGGAGAGACACACUCUGGCCCUGUCUGCUCAGAGAGAGGUGUGGAGCUGGGGGGCCACAGGCUGUCCUGUGAGCCGGCCCCAGAAGGUUGAGCAGCUAGCGGGCAGGUACGUCCUCCAGGUGGCCUGUGGGGGCGCUCACAGCCUGGCUCUGGUGCGCUGCCUCGGGCCGUCUGAUUUGAACCGCCCCCCGGUGGACAAGUGUGGUCAGUGCCACCAGCUUCUGUACACCAUGACUGACAAAGAGGAUCACGUUAUCAUUUCUGACAACCACUACUGCCCCUUGAGAGGGGACCACCCCCAGGAGCAAGGUUCCUCUGAGCCAGCACCCUCCCUCCAAACACCCCCCUCUGACCCCCUGCCCCCCUCCACCUGCAGCAGGGAAACAACAGCUACUGUCUUAGAGUCUGAACGAUUGGCCAAUGGGGAGGACUCAGAACAUCAGUCCCAGGCAGUGAACGGGGCUGCUCCAGCUCCAGUUAAGACCUCUCAGUAUCCAGACAAGCAGGAAGUCAGUGAUUACCUGAGGAGACUGUCCCACCACAGUGAGCCGCACGGCAGGAAGGGACUGCACGCUCUGCUGGCUCCCUCUGCAGGUGGCUCCUCUCUCAACAGCCUGGUGGUGUCAUGUGCCUCAGCUGUGGGUGAGCGUGUGGCCUCCACCUAUGAGUCCCUGUCCCUCCGCAGAAUGGUGAACAUGUACUUGCCCACGGGCCUGUCCCGUUCUGGAGGCUCCGACAGCCCUCUGGAGCAGGACUCUGGACAGGCCAAGAAGAGCUGCAGCACAGGGGACAUCCAGGACGAGGCGGGGGGCCCGGGCCGGCGCCUCUCCCUCCCAGGACUGCUGUCUCAGGGUAGAUACGCUGUUCACCUCUUAUCCUCCUCGUAUGGCUCGCUGCUGUCUCCCCGGCUGCUGAAAAAGACAGGGCGUCCCAGGACACAGGCACUGGCUUUGACCCCUGUAGGUGGAGCCUGUGAAGCCCAGGAGACACUUCCCUCUCUGUACACAGAGGUGUGGAGCUGGGGCCAGGGCCAGCAUGGCCAGCUGGGGCACGGAGAGCAGCAGGACAGAUCACAGCCACAGUGCAUCAAAAGUCUCACCAAUAAAGAGGUGGUGCGCGUUGCGGCUGGAGCUCAGCACUCUGUGGCUCUCACAGCCCAGUGCCAGGUGUACUCAUGGGGCAGUAACACCUCUGGUCAGCUGGGCCACAUGGAACUGCCCAGUACCAUUCCCCGCCUUGCCAAACUUUCAGAAGGCAUCCGGGUUUGGGACAUCAGUGCAGGAGACAGCCACACGCUUCUGCUGGCUGAUGGCGACUGUAUACAACCCAUUCUGUAUUACAGCGGGCAGCAGGUGAACGAGGGGCUAGAGGAGAGCCUGGAGACACAGGAGAGGGAGCGAACUGGGCCCUACACACAGCAGCCUGUGCUCCUGCCUUUCUGCAUGAAUCUGGGCUAUGUGAGCAGUGUGUGUGCGGGCGGACAGCGCUGUGCUACUGUCUCUGAUCAGAAGGUCAUUGGCUACACUGCCAGCCUCCAUGAGUUCGCCUCAUCUGAGAGGAAGUUCUACUGCAAGCUCUGCUCUGUGAAGACACAAAUAAUACGGCCCUUGCUGGAGCCAGAGACUGUGAGCUCGGCCCUGGGGCAAGAGGCCUUUGCUCUCCUGCAGUCUUUAGCUGGACGCUUCAGUGUGCUGUGUCACCUCAGCGGUCAGCACGCAGCCAGUCUAUCCUCCAACCUGCGCCAGAGACAAGACGUCAGCGCUCUGCUCUUUCCAGACCACACUGAGCUGUUUGUGGACUGUUACCAUGAAUAUUGCAGUAUUCUCUGCAACUUCCAGGUCAUUGGUGGUUUUCAGACUCUCACAAAGCCGGCAAUUGACAUCUUUGGGAAGAGCCCAGAGCUUCUGCAGCGCUUGGCCGAGUGCAGUGAGGAGAGCCCUACCACAACAGACCUCCUGGUGGCGCUCUUCUACCUCCCCACACUUCAUCUACAAGAAUACGCCCGUCUACUGCUCAAACUGGCUACUUGUUUUGAAGAGAGCUCUGUCCAUUAUCAGAGGCUGCUGGACUCUGGCUCUCGGUGUGAAGCAGCCAACUUGCAACUGAAGAGGAAACGCAAGGAGGCAGAAUCCACCCUUCACUUCUGGAAAAGCUUCCCUGGAAAAAUGACGGAUUCCUUGCGAAAGCCCCACCGCCGCCUGGUCUGUGAGAGCAGUAACAGGGCUCUGAGCCUCCAGAAUGCCGGACGCUUCUCAGUCAACUGGUUCAUCCUUUUUUCUGACGCACUGGUGCAUGCUCAGUUCUCCACCCAUCAUGUUUUUCCCUUAGCAACACUCUGGGUGGAACCGAUCACUGAAGACAACUCUGGCAUAUACGGUUUAAAGGUGAUCACUCCUGAGGAAAGCUUCACUCUUCUGGCAACCUCCUCUGCUGAAAAGACAAAGUGGCUGCGUUCCAUAAACCAGGCUGUGGAGCAGGCUCUGUGUGGAGGGGGGCAGGACUCCUCUGGGAGCUGGGAGCCCCCUGUCUCCAGGACGGCUACAUACAUGUUCUACAAGGAGGGGCGCUUAAAAGAGGCCACAUAUGAGGGUUGGUGGCUGGCAGGCAAACUCCACGGCAGGGGUGUUCUGAAAUGGCCCGAUGGAAGAAUUUACUCAGGAGAAUUCAGGAACGGUUUGGAGGAGGGGUAUGGAGAAUAUAUCGCUCCAAAUAAAACUCUUCAUAAAAAUGAUUUCUACCAAGGCUACUGGAAGGAUGGCAAGAUGCAUGGCUUGGGGACAUACAGAUAUGCUAAUGGAGAAGUGUAUGAGGGCUCCUUUCAGAACGGGAUGAGGCACGGCCACGGCAUGCUCCGCACCGGCAAACUCAACACCUCCUCCCCCAGCGUCUUCAUCGGACAGUGGGUCAAUGACAAGAAGACAGGCUACGGAGUGUUUGAUGAUAUCACCAAAGGGGAGAAGUACAUGGGCCAGUGGCAGGAGCACCAGCGUCAGGGCACUGGGGUGGUGGUCACACAGUUCGGACUCUACUACGAAGGGGCGUUUAAGGACAACAAGAUGAUGGGCACGGGGAUCCUGGUGUCUGAGGAUGAUACAAUGUUUGAAGGAGAAUUCUCCGAUGAUUGGACCCUGAAUGGAAAGGGCGUUCUGACCAUGACCAAUGGAGACUACCUGGAGGCUUCUUUCCAUGGAGAAUGGGGCUCUGGCAUCAAAGUUGCAGGAUCCUACUACAAACCCCAUCUGUUUGAUACGGACAAGGACAAAACUGCCUCCAUGAAGCUGGGUCGUCUGUGUGUGUGUGCAGAGGAUAAGUGGCAGGCCGUAUUCCAGGAGUGUUGGACCGAGCUGGGCUGCUCUGGGCCGGGGCAGGGGGAUACCACCAAGGCCUGGGACAACAUUGCAGUGGCUCUGACCAGCGGCCAGCAGCAGCUUAAAGACAGUCCGCAGACACUGUCCCGAAGCCAGAGCAGAACCCUGGAGAGCCUGGAGUUCAUCCCUCAUCAUCAGGGUCCUAUGACCAUGGAGCGCUACCAGGCCAUUCAUCAGUAUCUCAUCAAGGCGUGUGAGACGCCCCUGCACCCUUUGGGCCGGCUGCUCGAGGCCCUGGUGGCCGUCUACAGAAUGACAUACGUGGGAGUGGGAGCCAACAGAAGACUCCUGCGCCAAGCUGUGAACGAGAUCAAGUCCUACCUCAACCAGAUCUUCACUAUAGUCAGGUUUCUUUUCCCUGAUUUACCGGAGGAGGGAGGUCAGAUCCCAGUGCCCAGCAGCAAGGCCACAGAAAAGGAGGAGGGCUCAGAGGGUCUGCUGGAGUCUCCAAAGCCUGUGCGUGUAGUGAGCUCAUCCGGCCUCCUGCUGCCCGUUCUCCUGCCACGCCUGUACCCUCCGCUCUUCACCCUUUAUGCUCUGGACAAGGAGAAGGAGGACGACGUGUACUGGGAGUGUGUGCUCCGACUCAAUAAGCAGGCCGACCUGGCUCUGCUCGCCUUCCUGGGAGUGCAGCAGAAGUUUUGGCCGAUGGUUACACCUGAUUCCACAGCAGCUCUGGGACAGAGAACACAGGUCCUGUCCAACACCAAAGACGCAUGCUUUGCUUCUGCAGUUGAAACCCUGCAGCAGAUCAGCACCACUUUCACCCCCUCAGACAAACUGCAGUUGAUUCAGCUGACAUUUGAGGAGAUCACUCAAGAGGUGCAGGCUCUGCUCCAGCAGGACUUCCUCUGGUCCAUGGACGAGCUGUUUCCAGUCUUCCUCUACGUGGUGCUGCGCGCUCGAAUCAGAAACCUGGGUUCAGAGGUCAGCCUGAUUGAAGACUUGAUGGACCCCUGCGUGCAACACGGAGAGCACGGGAUCAUGUUUACAACUCUUAAAGCUUGUUACUACCAAAUUCAACAUGAGAAGAUCACAUAGACAACCCGCCCCCCUUUCUGAGCCAAUCACACGGCUGAUGCACCUUGCCUCAGUGGUGAUGGGAGGGUAACGCAACCAAUGAGAAACCAGACUGAACAGGCCGGAUCACACCGCCUGCAUCCAUACAGUGCGGUGACCUUUGACCUUUGGACCAGUAGGCUGGUCAGGGAGGCGCAUCGCUUCUGUCUGACAGUGCGCCCCCUAGUGGAGAACCAGACUGCUCGUAAACUGUGCUGUGAAAGACGGUGAACAUUUGAUUUAAAUGUGAAAUAUGUAUUGUUAAAUUAACUAGGCUGAUCCAAGUCUCCUCUUGUACAAAUGGACCUGGUCAGAGGAGACACAUCAUAUUGUACUUCUUUGAGACUAAAGCUGCUACUGUAACAUGACCAUGAGUAUUGUUUUAUAUAUUUCUGGUCCUUCAGUUUGUUCCCUUUUUCUUUUUGUCUCAAAGAAAUAUCCUGUCUUUUCACAAUUUAAUCUGUACACAACGGUUUCCUCACAAAAGAGAAAUAAAUUAUUUUAACAUUAA